GGAGGCAGGAGACUGGAGGCUAAUCUGCUGCUAACCACACUCCGCUAUGCCCCGCGAUGUCUGCUGAAUAUUUAACACAUUUUUCUUUUUCAUAAUUUACAUUCACGUUUCUGUUCUCGUUCGGCGGGCCCUUGCUGCUGGUCCAUACUCUUGCUCGAUCGCUAACACAAUAAACGCCUCCUUCGCCUCUCCACGCCGCACCAGACUCCCUCUUCAGAUUAGCAGGCUAGCAACACAAACGACCCUAAUCUUUACAACGGGAAUAACACACUUUUGAAUUAACCUAAACGUCUGCCUUUGUGGGAAGGGAAGUGUCGUGUUUCUCUCUCGUACACGUUGGAUUUUCAGUCGGAAUGGAUACGUGUUAAAGCGGGACAAACACGGGAGAAACCGGGGACACCAGAGGACCGAGACGACUGGAGCUCCAUACCGGCGGAUUCGAGAGGUCCACGCCGCCUGAAGAGCCAGGGACCCGGGCUGACAUGGAGAUACACGGGGCGGGAGGAGCGAACCGCAUCCACUGUGUUGUUAAUUAGUAAUAAACGGCCAGAGCUCCAGCCUGAUGGAGGUGUGCAGUAAGAACCCGAACAGGACGGCUCCGGUGGGGGAGGAGCGCCGAGCCGAUGUACCCCUCUGCUCCAGGACCAACGGCUGGAGCUGGCCCCCUCACCCCUUCCAGAUGCUGGCCUGGCUUCUCUACGCAUACUUCGCCAUCACAGGGUUUGGGGUGUUUGUGCCUCUGCUGCCUCCUCACUGGAUCCCCGCUGGGUACAUUUGCACUGGAGUCCUGUUCGUGUGUCACCUGUGUGUUCAUGUGCUGGCUGUGUCCAUAGACCCAGCAGACUCUAACGUGAGGAGCCGGACUCACCGUGGUCCUGUGCCUGUGUUCGACCGCUCCAAACACGCCCAUGUCAUUGAGAACUGCCACUGCUUCCUCUGCCAGGUUGAUGUGGGCCCAAAGUCCAAACACUGCAGUGCCUGUAACAAGUGUGUGGCCAACUUCGACCAUCACUGCCGCUGGCUCAACAACUGUGUGGGCAGCCGCAACUACAAGUUGUUCCUGCACAGUGUGAUGUCUGCCCUGUUGGGAGUGUGCUUGGUGCUUAUUGUUGCCUCAUAUGUUUUUAUUGAGUUCUUCUUGGACCCGUCUAAACUUCGCACUGACAAACACUUUCAAGUACAUAACGAGUCGGCGGUGUGGUUCCUGUUUCUGCCCGUGGCUCCGGUGGUCUCGGCCGGAGCAGUGAUCCCAGGGCUGGCUGCUGUCACCAUCGCUCUGGGCCUGCUGUCCUGUGUGCUGCUCUGCCACCUGCUGGGCUUUCACAUAUACCUCAUGUGGAACAGACUGAGCACAUAUGAGUACAUCAUUCGUCAGCGUCACCGUCUGAACCCACGAGACGCGAGGAAGGCCCCAGUGAAAGAGCACACUCUCCCCUCACUCAACAUCAUGAAGGAGGUGGACUACUCUGGGACGCUGGGCUAUACGAACACACAGAUGGAAGUGGAGGAGCCCUGCGCCGUCACAGCACAAGAAGACACAGAGUGUGUGGCCAAUGGGAGGGUUCGGAGUGCGUCUGCUCCUGUAGUGGAGGAGGAAGUCCCGCCUCCUGCUCCGACUGAAGUGACUACAGUGACCCCACAAAGAAGAACUCAGAAAAGGAAGAAGAAGGUGCGUAAAGUACCGGCUGAAGUGACAAAGGAGAGGCCCCUGAGUGCUGUUCCUCCAGAGCUUACGUCCGUCUCCACUGUAUCUCUGAGCCAGCGUCUGCCUUUUCCCUCUUUCCCCCUACGCGCCUCCCUGCCUCCUCUCGCCUCUGCACCUGCCCCCGCUCCUGUCAUGGUCCCUGUCAUGGCUGCCGCUCCGCCUUCCGAGUACCACUCCGACUCCGCAGAAUCCCUGGAGGAGAUUCCCGUAGCGCUCGCAAAACUCGGAUCCUCGUCCAACCGGGAUAACUCAAAUUUAACCCAUAGACCUACGUUAUCCUUCCCUCUGCCCUCCCCACUGCCAAGGACCAAGAGGAAGGGGUCAGCGAGAGCCAAUAGGAGUGCAGGAGACUUGAGUUUUGAAAUGGCGCCCCCUACUGUGUUUGUGAGUAGGGCGAGUGGAGAACCGUCACUGGACAAAAGGAGACAUCAAGGGUCCAGACCUAGCUCCAGAACUUCACUUGGGACAAACUGGAUGGAGCGAUAAAAUUAAAAUAAACUCUUUGUACAAUCCUCAGAAGCAAUUUGAAACGUUUUAUACUAGCAACUAUUUAUUACUGCUUUGAUUAAGAAUAAUUUGUAUUUAUUUUUAUCA